GGACCAGCGAAGGGCGUCCUAAUGCAUUACACACGAUGAAUUCACCAAUUCCGCAACACUGACUCACCGAAGUUUUGGGCAAUUCAUCAAAAACCCGGCAUUUCUAUUGCAGUGCGGUGUAUACGGUGGAGGGUUGUGGUUAGCUGAGAACUAGAAAAAUGUUUGCCAAGAAGGGGAAGAGGGGUCCCCGCGUCAAUAUCUCGCAUCCUUCCAACUUUGAGCACCGGGUGCACACCGGCUAUGACAGGGACUCGGGCAAGUACAUGGGACUACCCCGCCAGUGGCAAAACAUCAUUGGUGCCGAUGAGAAGAGGCCACGACCCAUCGUGGAUCCCUCGCUGAUCACUCCUACCGAAGUGACCGGCCUGAAACAAAUUGUACGUGGUCCAAGCUCACCGACCGGCGAUGGACCCACCAACGGCUUUGGCUUUGAGCCUCGUAAAAUAUCGGUGGCCCGGUCCAACUCGCUGCGCAACCAGAACGCUGCCAGGCAGCGCCAACAGAGGGACAGAACGGAACCACAGGUUCCAGAGUCAGUUCCCGAAAACGAUUGGGCUGCUCCAGCACACCCUUACGACCAGCCACCACCGGGCUACUCCACCUUCCCCCGAGGUCAGCAAGGCCCCAGGGGACAGCCCCCACCCAGGGGGGAACCGGGACCCAGGGGAGAUCCUGGCUACCGCGGUGACCGACCCCCUAGGGACAGAAUGGACUCGCACGACCCGCGGCAGAGAGGCGGCACCAUGGACAGGGGGAACAUGCCGCCCCGGCCCCUCUCGGAGCACGCCGAUCGCGGCAGGGGGAACUACGACCCACGGGGGCCGGCGAACGACCCGCGGAUGGGAGACGAGCACAGGGGACCGGUGAAUGACCAUGGCAGUAUGCAGCGUCACCCGCGGGAGAACCGCAACAACAGCCGGUCCAACAGCUUCAAUAGCAGGCAGGAGCUGGAGCAGCGGGAAUGGAGGGAGCCCCCAAGAGACGGACAUGGGCCAGGCAUUGGGGGCAGGCAUCCCGAUCAAAGACAUAUGGAUCGGGACAGGAGGCCAGAUCCGCGUGGACCUGAACGGGCCCCACCCCCUGGGCAUCACGGGCAGCCCGGCCCCCCGGGUAGAUACCAGGGCAGACCCCCAGGGGGACAGCCUCCCCCUGGGGUAAACGCACACCCGGGCGGACCCCCUAUGACGCAGCGAGACGGACCCCCUGGUGGCCAGCCUGGCGGAUACCCUCCCGGUCACCCAGCCAGGCACCCUGGGGCAAACCCCGGUGGGCCCCCUGGGGGUCCUCCUGGGGGACAUCACGGCAGGACUAACUCGCCGCGUGAGCAGCAGAAUUUCCAUCAGCCUGGCCCUGGUGGGGAUAACAGACCCAUGGGAAAUGGUCCACCAUCUCAGUCUUCCAACGAACAUCCCAGGCAGCUUCCACAGGUAGGGGGUUAUCCAGUGGAUGACUUUUCCCGCAUGAAUCUGAACCGUAACGAGCCCCAGCAUCAUCGGUCCCCAGCCUCCUCCCAUUCUUCCGACAGUCACCCAGGGCCUGCCCACGGCCGGCCCCACGGCCCUCCCUAUGGCCACAAUGAACCGCAGAACCGCUACAAUGCCCACCAACAGCAGGGUGGCCCACCUCACAUUCAAACAGACCCAGACGAUCCGAUGAUGAACCAGCGCAUGCAUCCCGGACCGCAGCAUCACCCAGAGCAGCAGCAACCUAUGCAACAGCAUCACCAACAGCAACCCCAACCGCAGCCCCAAGGCCAGACCCCAUCCCCAGCCGGUGAACAACGCGUCUCCCACGAGCAGUUCCGGGCGGCCUUACAGAUGGUGGUCAGCCAGGGCGACCCGCGCCAGCACCUGGACCACUUUGUCAAGAUCGGGGAGGGCUCGACGGGGAUCGUCUGUAUCGCCACGGAGCGGGGCACGGGCCGACAGGUGGCCGUCAAGAAGAUGGACUUGAGGAAACAACAGAGGAGGGAACUCCUUUUCAACGAGGUUGUCAUCAUGCGGGAUUACAAGCAUGUCAACAUUGUGGAGAUGUACAACAGCUACCUGGUUGGGGAUGAGCUAUGGGUGGUCAUGGAGUUCUUGGAAGGUGGUGCUCUCACAGAUAUCGUCACACACACUCAGAAACUUGAAGAGGAGAUGAUAGCCUACAUAUGCAAGGCGAUCCUCAAAGCCCUAGCCUUCCUGCACUCACAGGGUGUCAUACACAGAGAUAUCAAGAGCGAUAGUAUCCUGCUAACGCAUGACGGCAAGGUCAAACUGUCUGAUUUUGGUUUCUGUGCCCAAGUCUCAUCAGACAUGCCUAGGAGGAAGUCGUUAGUAGGCACCCCGUACUGGAUGGCACCGGAGGUCAUCUCAAGGUUACCUUAUGGACCAGAGGUUGAUAUCUGGUCUCUGGGCAUCAUGGUUAUGGAGAUGGUGGAUGGGGAACCACCCUUCUUCAACGAGCCACCACUGCAAGCCAUGAGACGUAUCCGGGACAUGCCGCCUCCUAAACUCAAGAACCCACACAAGGCCUCGCCCCGUUUGCAGGGCUUCCUGGAGCGCAUGCUAGUGAGGGAUCCCUCCCAGCGCGCCUCGGCCUUCGAGCUGCUCCAGCAUCCCUUCUUACGGACGGCCGGACCGGAUUCCUCCCUCCUGGUACCCAUGAGACAACUCAGGCACAAGUAGGAAAAAAACUAAAUCCUUCACUUGUGCGCCUCGUUUGUAAAUACAAAAAUAACACUCAUGUACAGUACUUGUGUAAAAAAAAAUAUUUUCCAGUUAGGUUUUGUGGGAUGUUGUGUAGAAUUUGUAUUCUAGUGUCACUUUUUAAAAAGCUGUAACCAAAAAAAAAAAAUGUUCAAGAAAACUAAUUUUACAUAACAAAAAUAUGCAAGGAGUUGUUUCUGCUUUGGAAGAAAAA